UGUUCCAAUCAUCAUCGUCAUCGGAGUGUCAUCGGCUGAUUGGUGUGGGCCAAAAAAUCUGUUCAAUCGGCAGAAAUAAAACCAAAAUAACACGGAAAAGUUUGUGAAAUGAAAGAUUAGUGCUCAGCGAACUAGUGCAUUCACAUGAAAUUCUUUGUCAUCGUUACAUUACACUCUGUCGUUGGCGAUUUGUGAUCUUUUACUUUUUUUGUUUGCUGUUUUUGGGUUCGCAUAUGAAGGCAAACAGCUUCAAUGCGGUGACGUGAUAGAAACAGCUAUUUCAAGUCUGAAAAAUCAAGUUUUUAUUCGUAGUUCAGUGAAAGCCGAGACAAAACAAUAAGCAGGCAAUGUUCAAAAACACAAUGAAUGUGAUCAAGUGCGAACGAUUCAUUCAUAAAUCAACGGUGGCUACCAACACAGUGAUAGUACUACACGGUCACCAUUGUCCCCAGCAGUCACAAUAUUGAAGGGAACGGCCAAGAAAAACACUUUCGGUCAUCGUUUAUCGUUCAUAUGCUGGCAACAAAGCGGAAAGUAGCGAAAAUCUCACCAAACCAGCAGCAUCGAGUUUGUGUGAGUGUGUGUUUCUGUGCAAGAAAGUAGGAAGCUGGCAAGUGAAGAAGAGGAAGGGGCAAUAGCACUAGCAGCGGAAUCCGAUGCAAAUUGAUUGAUAAUCAAAUUAAAAAAGGAAGCAAGAAACAAAAGUGAAAGAAAGUAAAGAAACACUCCGACUGUGAGUGCAAUUUCGAUUGUGAGUAGGAGUACGGAGGAAAUUCGAGUAGAUUUUCCAAUCUGCUGUUUAUUGUCGGUUUUCAGCCAGUUCGUCGCCGAGGAGAAGGCUAGACAGACCCAACGCGAGUGGUCUGUCGAGGAAAGGAGAUUGGAUUCGCUUCAAAAUGAACCGCAUUUCGACGCAGAAGAAGGAAGGAAAAAUGCGGAUUCGGGCUUUCCCGAUGACGAUGGACGAGAAGUACGUCGAGUCCAUCUGGUCACUGUUGAAAAACGCUAUCCAGGAAAUUCAGAAGAAGAACAACUCGGGACUAUCGUUCGAGGAGCUGUAUCGGAAUGCGUACACCAUGGUGCUACACAAGCACGGCGAGCGGCUGUACACUGGUCUGAAGGAUGUUGUGACACUGCACCUCGAGACAAAGGUGCGGGAGGAGGUGUUGCGCAGUUUCAAUUGUAAUUUUCUCCAGACGCUCAAUCAGGCAUGGAACGAUCACCAAACCUCGAUGGUGAUGAUUCGAGACAUUCUGAUGUACAUGGAUCGGGUGUACGUACAACAAAAUGACGUCGAUAAUGUGUACAACCUUGGGUUGAUUAUCUUCCGGGACCAGGUUGUUCGGUAUGGACGCGUUCGAGAUCACAUGCGCGAAACGUUACUCAGCAUGGUCAUGUGUGAGCGGAAGGGGGAAGCUAUCGACCACAUUGCCAUUAAGAACGCCUGCCAAAUGUUGAUGGUUCUCGGCAUCAACAGUCGCUGGGUAUAUGAGGAGGAUUUUGAGCGACCGUUUUUAACACAGUCGGCGGCAUUUUACAAGCUCGAAUCUCAGAAGUUCCUCUCGGAGAAUAGCGCCAGCGUGUACAUCCGGCGGGUUGAAGCUCGCAUCACAGAAGAAGCGGAACGAGCCAAACUGUACUUGGACGAGAGUACCGAGUGUCGCAUUGUGGAAGUCGUUGAGGAUGAGCUUAUUAAAAAGCAUAUGCGCACGAUUGUUGAAAUGGAAAACUCCGGUGUAGUGUACAUGUUAAAGAAUACCAAGACCGAUGACUUGGCCUGCAUGUACAAACUGUUUUCGCGAGUCGUUGGUGGGCUAAAAACGAUCGCGGAUUGCGUCUCGCAGCAUUUGCGUUCGAUGGGCAAAAAUCUGGUAAAGGAGGAGGAAAGCGGAACGAAUCCUAUUACGUUCGUGCAAAAUUUGUUGGAUCUGAAGGAUCGGUUCGAUCACUUCUUGCACCACUCGUUCAAUAAUGACAAAAUCUUCAAGAACAUGAUUUCGUCUGAUUUUGAACAUUUCCUCAACUUGAACAGCAAGUCGCCUGAGUAUCUAUCGCUAUUUAUAGACGAUAAACUGAAGAAGGGGUGCAAAGGAAUGUCUGAACAAGAAAUUGAAACGAUCCUGGACAAAACCAUGGUAUUAUUCAGAUAUCUACUCGAGAAGGACGUAUUUGAACGAUAUUACAAGGCACAUCUCGCGAAACGUUUACUUCUGAAUAAAUCUGUCAGUGAUGAUUCUGAGAAGAAUAUGAUAUCUAAAUUAAAGACUGAAUGCGGUUGUCAAUUUACCUCAAAAUUGGAAGGCAUGUUCAAGGAUAUGUCCGUAUCUAACACGGUGAUGGAGGAAUUUAAGAACCACAUCAGCAACGACCCAUCUGCCCUUGAUGGUGUCGAGCUAUCGGUGCGAAUUUUGACAACCGGUUUCUGGCCAACACAGUCGGCAACGCCGAAUUGUAAUAUCCCGCAGGCGCCCAGGCGAGCAUUCGAAACGUUCAAACGUUUUUAUCUAGCAAAACAUUCGGGUCGGCAACUAACGUUGCAACCGCAGCUGGGCACAGUGUACAUGAACGCCGAAUUCUACGGCGUGAAAGCUGAAAAGGAAAAUCCUGAUGGAGCUUGUAGUAGUACUGCUGUCGUUUCCGCCUCGACGGUGCCUCCAAUAGCUCUAGGUGCCCCUAGGAAGCAUGUACUGCAACUCUCAACUUAUCAGAUGUGCGUUCUGAUGUUGUUCAACAACCGGGAAAGGUUGACGUACGAUGAGAUCCAGCAGGAGACGGAUAUUCCCGGCAAGGAUCUGAUCCGGGCGUUGCAGUCACUGUCGAUGGGUAAACAGCAGCAGAGGUUGCUGGUGCGGACACCCAAGUCGAAGGAUAUUGAACCGACAAAUAUGUUCUACGUGAACGAUGCCUUCGUGUCUAAAUUCCACAAGGUCAAAAUCCAAACCGUAGCCGCUAAGGGCGAAUCGGAGCCAGAGCGGAAAGAAACUCGAAGCAAGGUUGAUGAAGACCGGAAACACGAAAUCGAGGCCGCAAUCGUGAGAAUAAUGAAAGCGCGAAAGAAGAUGGCUCACAACCUGCUGGUUUCGGAUGUGACCACCCAGUUGAAGAGUCGGUUUAUGCCCUCACCGGUAAUCAUCAAGAAGAGAAUAGAGGGUCUCAUCGAGCGCGAAUAUCUGGCGCGAACGCCCGAAGAUAGGAAAGUUUAUGUGUAUCUAGCUUAAACUGAAAAAAUAGUGAUGUGUACUACUAUGAAGGAAGAAAAAAGCAUAUGCUGCUGCACGGGAAUACACGCCAAAACACACAGUUGUUACAUAUACAAACGAACAAACACACAUACCGACAUACACACACAUGCGCGUACACUCCUACAUUCACAGUCGACGUAGACAAGGGACGGAUUAAAAAGAAAACGAUACAUUGAGACACUGAAGUAAUGAAAGUUAACUGACGAAUGCCUGUGGGCUCCGCACAAGUCUGUCGCAUUCGGAAAAUUUCUCUCUAUAAACAUCGCCUGCAUUGCUGCUUCCACCAAAAAACGCAGGUUCUUCCCAGUUAUUUUUUUUUGGUUCAAUGUAUCUAGAAGCUAGGUUGAUCACUACAAUAGCUCCCAGCGAUCUGUCGCGAUAUCCGGAGGGAAUGGGUGAAAUCUCGCUUGUGUGGCACACCGCAUGAAUAUCUGUUUGGCAGAUCGCUGUCGCGGUGAAGUAUGAACAUCGCUUGAUGAGAUAUGUUUUCGGGUCAUCUCGUCCCUAUGUGUAUUGGUUGUGCUCUACCGAGCUUUUGCUUGACUUUGUACAAAGAUAGCCAGCUCAUUGUUUUCUUUUUGGUAUUACGUUCAAUUCAUCCUAAAAUGUUUUAGCAACUUUCGUUGAUCCGAUUAUACUUCUAUCCAUUAAAACACGUAAACUUCUAAGCGAACCAAUCAUAAGGAUCUUCAAAAAUCUUCUACUGAAUAUUCUAUAUUGAGACGAAGAUAACAGGGCGUUUUAGAAAAGAACAAAGAGGUCUUGUAACACUUUUUUGGCGAAGAUCGGAAGCAAUGAUGAAAGGGAGGGAAGUGGAAGCAUAUUAUAUAGUAACAUAGUAAUUAAAGUAAAUUAAUUAUUAAAUUUGAGGAAACAACUAUUAAUAAAAAUAGAGAUCAACAAACCCAAAGUGCGAGAAAAGUAA